AUGGGAAAUGGAUUUUUUUUUUACAAUGUUGAAAGACAAGUGAAUAUGUUUGAUAUGUCAAAUAACAAUAUCCACAACAAAAAAAGUCAUGUUUUAGCUAAGAAUAAAAAAUCAUUUCAAACCGGUGAAAUAGUAAAACAAGCUUUUUUAGAAGGCGCAGAUGCUUUAUUUGAAAACUUUAAAAAUAAAUCAGAAAUUUUAUCAGCUAUAAACGAUUUACAGUUAUCUCGUAAAACUGUGACUAGAAGAGUAGAAUCUAUAGGACAAAAUUUAGUUGAAAUAUUAAAACAAGACAUCAAAGAAUGUGUUUAUUUUUCACUUCAAUUCGAUGAAUCAACAGACAUAACAGAUGCCGCUCAACUAUUUUGUAUUACGACUGAUGGGGCUCCAGCUAUGAUAGGUAAAAAUAAUGGUUUUAUUGCUUUGUGUAAGAAUGAUAAUAAUUUUCCAAAUUUUAUAACGUUCCAUUGUGUGAUUCAUCAACAAGCAUUGUGUGGAAAAAUAUUGAAUACAAGUAGUAUAAUGGACAUUGCUUUUAAAAUAGCCAAUUCUAUACGUUCACGAAGCUUGCAAAGGCGACUUUUUAAAUUACAAUUAGAAGAAAACGAUUCUCAGCAUUGUGAUUUAUUACUGCAUACGGAUGUUAGAUGGUUGAGCCGUGGUAAAUUUCUAGAAAGGUUUCAGUGUUUACUUCCUGAAAUAAUAGAGUUUUUAAAAUCCAGAGGCGAUAAUUAUGAUUGUUUAACAAACAAUACAUGGCUUCAGAACUUAGCUUUUUUAACAGAUAUAACGGCUCAUUUAAACACUUUAAAUGUUGAACUUCAAGGAAAAGAUGGGACAAUAAUUGAGUUAUUGAGUUCUAUAAAUGGGUUUAAAUCAAAAUUGAUAUUAUUCAAGUCACAAUUAAAUGAAUCUAAAUUGAAUAAUUUUCCAAACUUAAAAGAUUUUUUUGAAAAGCAAAAAUGUACAGUAGCAGUGGAAAUAUAUUGCUCUGAGGUUGAAAAAGUGUACAAUGAAUUUGAAAGACGAUUUAAAGAUAUUCAAAAAUUAGAGCCGAUUAUUACAUUUAUGUCUUUUCCUUUCUCCGAAACAAACAAUAUUGAAAAUAUUUCUACACAAAUAAGCAAUUUCUUUGAUAUGGAUUCUACAAAAUUUGAAUCUGAAAUUAUAAAAAUUAAAUCAGAUAUAUUUCUCAAAGCUCGAGGUUCUGAAACAAAUUUUUGGAAUUUACUGAGUGAAGAAAAAUAUCCGGGUUUGAGGAAUGUAGCUUUGCAGAUACAUAGUUAUUUUGGAUCUACAUAUUUGUGCGAAACAGCAUUUUCUCACAUGAAAAUGAUAAAAACAGAAUUUCGAUCUACGCUCUCUGAUGACCAUUUGGAGCAGUGUCUUCGAUUAGCAGUUAGCAACUAUUCGCCAGAUUACGACCAAUUGGUCAACGACAUGCAAUGUUACACUUCAACAAUGUCCAAAUCAACAAAAUAA